AAAUUGUAAAAAGAUAAUAAAAAAAGAAAAGCUUGGGCUGCGUCUUCUGCAAUGGAAGCUGCAAUCUUUGCUUGGUCCUCCUCUCAUUCCCUUUUACUUACAUCUCCAACGAACUCGAAGAGUCUUUCUAGGAACAGAUUGAUCACUAAAAGUUCAAAAUCAGCGGGCAGCGUCCGCUUGAUCAGAAAUAGAGGAUCAUCCGCUAGGAGAAUUGCAGCCAUCAACGACGUUGCGGUUGCGGCGGAUUCAGGCCAAGUCGAGGUGACCUGGCAAAUCGUUGUUGGAGCUAUAGCUGGAGUAACACCCUUCGUAGUAGCUGGGAUUGAAUUCAGCAAAAGAAUAAUAGCACAAAGACGAUGUGAGGUAUGUGGAGGGUCAGGGCUUGUUCUAAGAGAAAAAAGCUAUUUCAAAUGCCCUGGUUGCGGUAUGACUUCUUCUUCUUCAUCUAGUAAAAUUUUAAUUCUCUGUUUUUGUGCCUUGUUGGAUGCGCAUAUGUUAAAGAGUGAAGGGUACUUCUUGGCAGGUGGGUUCCUCCCAUGGCAGUCGUGGAGAAGAUUCUUCUCUGGUUAAUUUGAAAGAGUUCAUGGAAAAUUUGCAAUAACAAUAUACACUGAGAGGAUUAGAAAGCAAUUGCAACAUGUAGUUUUUGUAAUGAAAAUGAAUUAUUAAAUCUAUGAAAUAAAAUUUACUAGAUGUAUGAUC